AUGUCUGUGCCAGGCACGGUGCAUCUCGUCGACUUGGAAGGGACUGUCCAAGCGAAACAUGCCGACGGCUCGAAGAACGACAUCGUCCUGAUCCCAGCACCCUCCUCAGAUCCCGAGGACCCCCUCAACUGGCCCCCCACCCGCAAAGCCCUCUCAACAACCACCACCCUCCUCUACACCCUCACCAUCGGCCUCGCCUCCGCCGCAAUCUACUCCGUCCUAAUCCCCAUCUCCCUCUCGCACGCCAUCACCCUCUCCGACCUGAACAAAGGCACCGGCUACAUGUUCCUCGCCCUCGGCUGGGGCUGUCUCCUCUGGCAGCCGCUCGCGCUCCAAUACGGAAAACGCCCCACCUACCUGCUCUCCCUCCUCCUCACCAUGGCGACCCAGAUCUGGGCCCCCUACACGACCACCAACGCCCAGUGGAUCGCGAGCAAAGUCCUCCAGGGGUUCUUCGGCGCCCCCCAUGAGAGGGGGUUUUUUCUUGCGCUGUAUGGGGCGUUGUUGGCCGGGAGUAGUUAUUUCGCGCCGGUGAUUGCGGGGUUUAUUGCGGAGGGGCAGGGGUGGGUGUGGGUGUUGUAUUGGUGUGCGAUUUUUUGUGGGGGCGGUUUUGUGCUUUGUUUUUUGGGGAUGGAGGAGACGAAUUAUUCGAGGAGGAUGCUGGUUGGGAGGGAGGUGGGUGGAGGGCGGGAUGGCGAGAAGGAUGGCGGAGGGAAAGAUGGACCUAGUGCUUCUGCUGUGGAAGAGGAUGUUCGAUCUGAGCAUCUGUCGAAGGGGACGACAUACCUCGAUAAGAUCAAGCUCUGGCGCACACGAGACAACCGCCUCCUCGGAAUGGCAUCUCGCCCCUUGAUCUUCCUCACCUUCCCCGUGGUCGCCUACGCUGGCUUCAGCUAUGGCGCAAACCUCAUCUGGUUCAACGUCCUCAACGCCACCGCCUCGCUCAUCUUCUCCUCCCCACCCUACUCAUUCUCACCCUCCAUGGUCGGCCUAACAUACCUGUCGCCACUUCUCGCAGUCCUUCUCUCGACAGUCUACACGGGCUACCUCGGCGACAAGUUCCUCCUGCACAUGGCUCGUCGAAAUGGCGGAAUCCACGAACCUGAGCACCGUCUCUGGCUAUUCCUCCCUACUCUCAUCCUGCUCCCAUUCGGUCUGAUCCUAUGGGGCGUCGGCGCCGCACAUGGAAUUCACUGGUUCGGCUGUGUCUUCGCUAUGGGCACAAUUGCCUUCGUCUCCGCAGUAGGCUUGCAAGUCAGCGUAGCGUAUUGCAUCGACAGCUAUAAAGAUCUCGCGUCGGAGGCGAUCGUGGCGGUGAUCUUGAUCAGGAAUAGUAUGAGUUUUGGGGUGAGCUAUGGCAUCACGCCGUGGGUGACCAAUAUGGGUUUGCAGAAUGCUUUCUUGGUGGCAGCUUUUGUGGGCGUGGCGCAGGCCGCGACGUUCUUUGUUUUCGUGGGGUAUGGGAAGGCAAUGAGGAGGGCGAGUAGCGGGAGGUAUAGGAGGUAUGUUGAACAGAUGGCGAGGGAUGGUGUGAUCCAUUGA